GUUAAGGGUUUCCACCGUCUCUAAACGUGUAGGCUUUCGGUAUGUCGUACCUUCGCCGAGAUGCGAGGAUCGAGGGAUCCGUAAGCCGCAUUGCGUUGCUUUUUGGAAGCUCUGACUCAAUGCAGGGCAGAAGCAGGUCGGUAGUUUUUGGUCCGCUUCCAACUCGUCCACACGAUGCCAUAAGAACUGCAUUAAGACGUAUGCACCCUAAGCGUCGCCCGUUUACCAAUCGAAUGAGGAUUAUUCUCAGGCGGCGUAUGGAAGGCUUAGAGCCUUUAUCAUCCGACUUUGAAACUGAAUCUAAAACUGAAACUGAGCAGGAAAAGUUGUCUCUCGAGGCUACUACCUCCACGACGCUUCCUUCAUCAAGCAUGCAAGAACAAGAACAAGAUCUGCAAGCAGAUGCUCCUCCGCUCAAGCUGGAAGAUGUGAUUCCUCCUCCUACACAAGCUUCUUCUUCUAGAAACAAGAAGAAAAGAAACAAGAAGAAGAAGAAGCUCGUCAGCAAAACCACACCACCACCUAACUAAGGCUGCCUCUUUUCAUUUCCUAGCUUUGAAUCUUUGUACUUCUCUAGCCUAUAAUAAACUCGUAUCUUUUCUUUAUUCAA